AGGUGGAGAGAGGGAGGGCGACAGAAGUGAAGACGUACACAUGAGGAGUGAAGGUGGAGGGAGAGAAGGCGUCAGAAGUGAAGAGGUACACAUGAGUGAAGCUGGAGGAAGAGUGGGCGGCAGAAGACAGGCAGGAAACAGCAGUGAUGCUUUGCCUUUACACAAGAACAGUGGAGACAGCAGUGGCCCAGGUAUUAGCUUCACCUUCGACAAUGUAGACAUAUGCCAAAGGGUCCGCCAUAAAACCUCCCAAAACAGCAACAUUGAUCACCAUUUCGUACAUGCGUAUGCGUCCUUAGACCGGGUCAAUGUACAAGACCUACCUGAUGACCAACCCAUUGCCGAUAUACUGACUGUCCCCCUCCAAGAGUUUUUGCCAAGUAAGGAAGACCGCUCCUCCAUGAGAGAGGAUAUGGUAACUAUUGCCUCCAGAAAAGUGGUAGAGAACAUGCCAUUUUUCAAUAAGUACUUCAAAGACUGUGUCACAGAACACAUCCCACACAUGUAUUCUGAGCAGGCAAAACUAAAAUCACAUGUUGUACCAUUAGGGAUCCUGGAGAAGAAUGAAACCAAACAUGAGGACAUGAUAGCCAUAUUAGAAGAGUAUCAAAAGUAUGUGCCACACGGGAUGAAGCUUCCACUGGAAGGUGAUGGCCUAUCAAACAUGCGAGGGGUGGAAUCCCAGGAUGCUAGAGCAGAUGGGGCAACUGCAGCAGACAGGCUUGAGGGUCUUGAACUUGUAACAGCAGAGUGGCAUGCACAUGUGACAGCUUUGCAAGAUGUUUACAAUGCUUAUUAUGACCCUAGAUCAGCCACAGAAAAGGGCACAUUGUUUCAGCUGAGGAACAGGUUUGAUCGAAGAAAUGUUACAAAGUCAACCAAGGACUCUUUCAACCCAAAUCGCGAGUUUCUGAACUUUGUUUCCUCAGGCUACCUUAUCCUGGCAGUGAUGGAGAGCCUUGACAUGUCAAACAUGAAAGGGAGACCAUCACUUGCCCCGAGAGGCAUUGAAACAGACACACGAGAGAGAAGAAGCUCCUAUUUGAGGACGGUCGUUGCAAAGGUGAUUGACCAGCAUAUCCUGCCGACCUUUAACACACAUGCCAUUGUCAGCGACAUUGAAACCAGACAGGCUGCAGUGGGAGGUGCGGAUGUGCCAGAAGGCAGAGUUCCCUGUGGUUUCCCUGGAUGCCCAAAAAACUAUGCCAGGGAUGGUGUAUGUUUGAGGAGACACCGGGAACAAUGUGUGUGGAGCAGAGUAGAAGUACUUGGACAGGGAGGUGAGGAAGUCUUCGAGGAGAGAGAUGGAGAAAACAUGCCAAGUACUGACAACCAAACUGAAGCACAUACAGAAGAUGUACAGAUGUCAGAAAGUAGUAAGAAGGAAGACUUCAAAUAUAACUACAACUGCUCUGUGUUAAGGGAGGGGUUAUUUGACAUGGUUAAGAAGGAUUCGGUGAAUGAAGGAGAUGGCAGCAGAAUACUCAGGAACUGGAAGUUUGACAUGAUUCAAUAUUACCAGAACAAGCAUACACACUACAAGGACUUGGCAUUUAGAUACAUAUCACAACACAAAGCACUGCUGACUCCCCGACUUUCUGCGUCAAUCCUGCACAAUAAAACAAUCAAUACACAUGGGCUGCCUGGUAAGAACAUUCCGAAAGACUUACACAUGGAGUUCUUGAACAAGAAAGUGAAAGAAGGGCUCUCCAGACUAGGGCCGAACAUGACCUCCAAGACAAUAGCAAGAGAAGGGCGAAGCCUCAAGAUACUUCAAGAUGUACUUGACACAUUCGACACAGAUCUAGUGUCAUACAGAGGCAUAGGAAAGAUCACAACAUCGACAUGA